AUGUCAGUGGCCAGCGGGGAUGCGCCGGACGUGCGGCUCUUAUUUGGGCCCAUGCUCAUUGGGGUCAUCUUCAACGCGAUUCUGUACGGGGUGUUUGUGGUGCAGGUACGCGCCUUGGCAAUCGGGCAGCCAGGAUUUCUGACGACGAUUUUCAGCUCUUUAUCUACUACGACCGAUACAAAAGGCGCCUACUUGUACUCUUUCCGCCGUCCCGUCCACACGCUGAUAAAUUCGAGCAGUGACCGUGUUUGGGUCCGUUACUUUACGGUCUUCCUCUUCGUCGCGGAGACCGCCAAUACUGUAUUUGACAUCAAUCUAAUAUACGAGCCACUCGUCGCGGGAUGGGCUAAGCCCGAAGUGCUUCAAAAGUCCCCGUUUUUUCUUCGGCCAGAUGCAGCGGUUACGGUCGCCAUCUCCACCCCCAUCCAACUCUUCAUGGCUUGGCGCAUCAAAUCCCUAACACAUCGCUGGCCGUUCCCGCUUAUCAUCACCGUCCUUGCCUUGGUCUCUUUCGCUGGUGGGAUGUCCGUAACAAUCAAGGUGUCGCUCCAGCCCGCCUAUGCGCAAUUCAACAGCUUCCGCCCGUUCGUCACCACGUGGCUCGCCGCGAGCGCCGCCUGCGAUGUCGUUCUCAGUGGGGUGCUGAUUUACUCCCUGUAUGUCCGCAAGACAGGCGUGGGCCCCACAGACCGCUAUGUCGACCGCGUCAUCCGCCGUGGGUUGCCAUUCCGUCAAUUUGUUGUUCUGAUGUGCUUCGGGCCAGUGACGAUCCAGACGGGCGCGAUCACGGCGAUCGCAGCGCUGUUGGACCUGUUUGUGUUUCUAUUCGCUCCGAGCGCAACCCUUCAGUUCAUCUGGGACUUUGCGCUCAGCAAGCUGUACUCCAAUGCGCUCCUUAGUUCACUCAACUCCCGCCCUUGGAAAGAACACCGUGCAUCGCCAUUCAUGACGAAUGUCCUCUUUGAGCCGACGCCAUCCGACCGCGAAGCACAUGUGCAUGCCUCCGCACUCGAAUUCGUCAAUCCCGCCAUAUCAGAUGCGACUGAGUUGCAGCAACGGCAGGGCAUCGCCCGCCGGCUUGCGCUGCCGCUGCGGACGGACGCAAGCACCAGUAUACCCGGUACGGAAACGAGCAACGCGGCAAAGUCGUCUGCCUCUCAACCCACGAUGUCAGUGUGA